AUGAGUUUAAAAGAAUUUGAAAUUCGGCCAUGGAUGGAACAAUAUGUAAUUGAGCAUGGCAUUGAACUUGACAAGAAGAUAUUCUCUAAAUUUGUAUGGGAAAUGCUCCAAAAAAGUAAAAAUCAGCAAUAUAUUACUGAUAGAUUACACGAUAUUAUUAACGAAGAGACAUUUCAGUUUGUAGAUGCCCUAUUUAAUACCAUCCAAUCCAUCUCAAAUAAAAAAUCUCAAACGCAAGAACAAAAAAAUUCAAAAUCAAUUGAAAUGAAACAAGUCAAGCAAGAAAUUCCACAGGUUUCUAAACAAAAAUCACGUAGUAAAUCACCAAUUCCUCAAGAGUCCUCUGAAAACGAAGAACAUGCCAAAUCUUCAGAAAAGCAAGAUAAAAGCAAGAAAGAAGGAAAGCAUCGUAAAGAAAAGAACUCAAAGAAGCGUGAAAUAUCUGAUUACUCUGAUUAUUAUGAUGAAGAACAAUCGGAAAAAGAGAAAAAGCAUUCUAAACACAAAUCACAUAAAAGCGAGCCAAGUCCUAAACCAAAGAGUCAUACUAGUGAUAAAAAAUUAAAACCUAAGCACCAUUCUCGACAAAUUUCUUCUUCAUAUUCGGAUUCAAUUUCUGAAGAUGAAUACGAGCCAUCUGAAAGCGAAAUCGACGAAAUCAGUGAUUCUGGAUCUAAACCAAAAGAAAAACGAUCAAAUUCUUCGAAAUCAAAAGAAAAAACUUCGAAAUCAGGAAAAGAAAAGAAUCUGUCAAAAGAAAAGGGUAAACCAAAGGACAAAAAAUCUUCCAGAUACUACAGUGAUGAUUCUGAUUAUUCUUAUUCAGAUUAUGAAUCUUAUAUUUCAUCUGAUUCAGAAGAAAAUGAACCAAAGCAUAGUUCAUCAAAGAGUAAGAAAAUCAAAUCAUCCGAUUCAGAUAAAAAAUCCAAGAAAUCUGAGAGUAAAAAAGAAAAAUCAAAUAAAAGAAAUGAAGAAAAAGAAAAAGACGCAAAAAGAUCCAGGCAUCAUAAGGAUAAGACAAAAGGUAAAUCUAGACAUAGAAAAACCUCUUCUUCCGAGUCAGAAUCCUCAGAUUUUCCAAACCUUGAUAUUCCACUUCCAAAGAACGAAAAGAAGAAUCCUGUUUCAUCUUUAGCCCCAUCAGACCAAAACUCCAGCUCUUCGAAACAAAAUCCGCAAGAAAUCAGAUUUAUUAUUUCUGUUUGCGGUUUAUCUGAUACAAACAACACUAUUCCUAAGAUGUACAACUACUUCUCCAAAUACGGACCCAUUAAAUGUGUCCAAGUCUUAAGAAAAUUUAAUUGCGCUUUAAUUGAGUUUUACACGGCCGAACAAGCUUAUUGUGCAGUUAAUGACCAAUCAAAGACACUUGGAGAGUACAUCAGAAUUGAUUACGCUUCUAAUUUUGAUGUUUCUCAUAUUAACAAAGCUCUUACUAAGAAUUUGGAUGAAAACCUCAUUAUUGUUCUUUCUGGUUCAGAUGACGACAAUGAAUAUGAAUAA